GCUGGCUCUCACAACACAAUGCUCCGCGGUGUGGGGACGCACAUGGCUGCUGCUAUGCGGACGCAGACGGCACUGCUGUCGGGCUGCGCUGCUGCUAACGGGUUUGCGCUGGAGGCCACCGGCGACCUUACAGCCUCUGUGGCGCGUGGUGGCGCUGGCGGGCGGUCGUCGGUGAGCGGUGUGACGGUGGCAGUCUUUGGCGCUACGGGCUUUGUGGGACGGUACCUGGUCAACCGGCUUGGUCGCAUGGGCACGCAGGUUCUUGUUCCGUACCGUGGCGAUGAGCACGACUGGCGCCAUCUCCGCCUCAUGGGCGAUCUCGGCCAGAUUGUGCCCAUUCCGUUUGACCCGCGCUCGCCCGAGUCGAUCCGCGAGGCCCUUGUCGACGCCGACAUGGUGGUGAACCUCAUGGGCUCGGACUUUGAGACGGUCAACUGGCCGUACGAGCACGUCCACGCGCACCUUGCCGGCGCCGUUGCCGAGCAGGCCGCCGAUGUCGGUGUCGAGAAGCUCGUCCACGUCUCGCACCUCUGCGCCGAUUCCGGCUCGUCGUCGCGGUACUUUGCCUCCAAGGCUGCCGGCGAGGUUGCCGUCCGCAAGGCCUUCCCCUCGGCCACGUUCAUCAAGCCGGCGACCAUUGUCGGCGAGGAGGACAAGUUCCUCAACGUGCUCGGCGGCCUGGCCAAGUCGAUCAAGACCAUCCCGGUCGUCAACGGCGGCGCACAGGUUGUCCAGCCGGUCACCGUCGGCGACACUGCAGGCGCCAUCGUCGCCGCCCUCGACCGUACUGACUCGGCCGGCAAGUCGUACUCGAUUGUCGGGCCCGACGCCCUUACCAUGUCGCAGCUCGCCCACUUUGUCUUUGACAUGGUCCGCAUCGAGCCGCGCCUCCUCGACCUCCCGGUCGCUCCGCUCGCCUUUGCCGGCAAGUACCUCGCCCGCCUGCCCAACACAAAGUUCUCAGACGAUACCGUCGCCCGCGCCCUCAUCGACGAGGUCGUCCCUGACGGCGACGCCACUCUGGCCGACCUCAACCUCAAGGCCACCUCCAUCGAGCAGCUGGCCAUCCGCACCCUCCGUCGCUUCCGUCCCGCCGCCGUCUGGAACGCGCCCAUCGACUCGCACGAGCUCGAGGAUGCGCGUCUGUUCAAGUGAACACACACAUCUGCUCAA